UCUCUGUAGGUGCGGUAGGUGCAGUCGCAUCAGAUUACGGAUCGACAGAUCGCAUUUUGCUUUUCUCAACGCCCACUCCACGAUCCGAGGCGCACACGUCGAGAUUAGUGCUAUAGGCGCUACAUCAGCUGAUUCUCUCGCAACAGCAGCAGACGAAUUCGUCACUCGUAUGGUAGAAAUUUUCAAAAAUUUAUCGACCCGUGCGAGUGAAUCUGGUGACUUCUGGAUGGCCUUUCGAAAUUGUGAAAUCAUCAUUUUUGAAUCACACGUGCGAACAUUUCGCUAAUAAGUGCUGUGAGCUUACAGCACGAUCACAAAUACCUGACAUACAUGCCUAUAUCGAGCACACUUAUGAUCACACGGAUAGCCCAACAUUGCAUGUUUAAAAAUAAUUGGCUGGGACCCGAGGUUUGUUGCGUGUUACGUAGAUCGUGUCGUUUUUUCGUAGACUGGUGCAGUGAAUAAACGUAGAUCAGUGAAGACAAUUGGUAACACGAAAGGAGGCGAACCUUCGCGUCCCAGUUCUGAACGCGAAGGGAAUAUACUGUGCCUGGAACUGCUAGGAAUAAGCUGGGCGAUACUAUGGAAGAUGAAUUGGAAGACAAAGUUCUGUACCAAACAUACGUCUCACACAUGAAACUUAUAUCAAAAUUUGCUGUAGGUAUUCCUACAGGGUUUAACACUGGCAUUAACACACCCAUUGGUUAUCUCUGGAGAAUCAUGCGCAUCUACGUUCUAAAGCCUGAAAUUCUCGUCUGUGGCGCAGUACUCGUCGUUAUGCUCUUUUACCUUCAAGCUGUCGAUGUGUGGAGCAGAACAUUACUUGGCAGAAUUCAAUAUACUCUCGGUCGAUCAACCUCAAAGGUUUCGAAGCUUCAGUUUUUAGUCAAUAGUUCCGUGAGCAGCGGAGAAAAACUGAGCUGGGAAUUGAAAGAAGGUUACAUAUCAGCUUAUGCUGUACAGGGCAGACGAGCACGGAUGGAAGACCGUUUCGUAGUUAAUGACGAUAUCAACUGCACUGGUGUCUCAUUAUUUGCAGUUUUCGAUGGACACGGAGGAGAAUUCGCUGCCAAUUAUGCCAGAGAUAAAUUAAUCCCUAAUAUUAACAACAAAGUCAUCGAACUGAAAGAUAUGAUAGCUGGAAGACCGUCGAGAAUUAAACCAGAGAACCCUGAGCAAAUAAAUGAUGCUAAAUCAAAAAAUGAUGAAAAAGACAAAACCGACGGGAUCACUUCUCUCGAGCGCAAAAAGUCCUUCCGCAAAACUUUGAGCACCUCACUGACUGAUGAAUCUAUGAAAAAAGCCGUCGGCGUUACCGAUCCUGAGCUACUGGAUAAAUUAGAUAGUCUUGCUCGUCCAAUAACUAGAGAGGUUCGACCUAGUAGACCGGGCGAAAAGCUGCCACCAAAAAUUGAUACGGCUAGUUACCUUGAUGGUAACAAAAUAAACUAUGGUAGAUUGUUGACAGAUGAAGUACUCGCUGUUGAUAGACUGUUGGUGGAUGCUGCAAAGAAAAAUAUGGAUGUGGCUGGCACUACUGCUUUGAUAGCUCUACUAGAAGGCAACAAGCUGAUUGUUGCCAAUGUUGGGGAUUCAAGAGGUGUAAUGUGUGAUGGAAAAGGCAAUGCAAUCCCACUGUCCUUUGAUCAUAAGCCACAACAGCGACGGGAGAGUAAGCGAAUCAAGGAAGCUGGGGGUUUUGUCACUUUUAAUGGAGUCUGGAGAGUAGCUGGGAUCUUAGCAACAUCCAGAGCUCUCGGAGAUUACCCUUUGAAGGAUAAAAAGCUAGUGAUUGCUGAUCCUGAUAUUCUAACUUUCGACCUGAGUGAUCAUAAUCCAAUGUUCCUUGUCCUAGCAUCUGAUGGACUCUGGGAUACAUUCACAAAUGAGGAAGCUGUUGCCUUUAUCAAGGAACGUAUUAAUGAACCUCACUAUGGUGCUAAAAGUAUUACUCUACAAAGUUAUUACAGGGGAUCCUUGGACAAUAUUACAGUCGUUGUGAUCAACUUGAAGGAUCGUAAGUAUAGUACAGCUACAUCGAAACGAGUUUAAUAAACUCAUGCUAAAUAAUGUUUGGCUCCUAAAAGUUAUUAAACAGAUAUCAAGUGUAAAAAUUUUCUAGUCAUUCAUGUAACUACUAGAAAGUAAUUUAAAUAAUAACAUUUCACCUUCUGUCUGCGAUAAUAUGGUCAUAAUUUCAAACUAUAUUUGAUUAAGAGUGUCUGGAAACUAUUAACGGCAAUUAAAUUCAUUAACUUUUCUAAAUACCCAUACAUAAGACCGCAGAAACAUUUCGACUUUGACUUAUCAAUGCCUGUGCAAACUUUGUAAGGUGACAAAUCAUUAUAUAGGCAAUACUGCAAACGAGGAAUCACAUACUAGCAUAUUUGUUUAGACCACAGAUAUUGAAUUGCCAAACACCAGGGGGCAGGGAGAGAUAAGAUAAAUAUAUAUACUGUUGAAUAAAUCCUUAAUUUCCAGCUCGCGUAUUUGCUUUAUCAAAAUUUAUUACAAAUAUAGUGAGAACUUACAUCGCUUUUUCUCCUGUACUUUUUUCUGAUUGUACACGUAUUACGUUAUUUCUGAAACUAUGCCAGUUGACUUCAAAUAUAAUCGUUUAUAAAUUUGAGUCAUUAAAGUUUAUGACACUUCAAUUAUUCUUAAUAAAGUGAAGCAGUUCUUAAAACAGUCGUACCAAAUUCAUCCAUUCGAUAAAUUCAGCUUAGAAAUCAGUACAAUUAUUGUUUAUUAGUUUUCUUUUUGUUCUAUAUUUAUUUCUAAUUAUGAAGCCACUCUUCCUUAUGAUAUAUAGCUAUGAUUCAAAUUGUAUACAGUUCUAUUUUUAUUGAGGUCAAAUGAGAAGUAAGAUAAAAUAAUCAUUAGGCAUCACAGGUUUUUUUUUUUGUUUCUUGAUUGUAAUAUGUUUAAUCUUAAAACUGGUUAAAAAAAAUUUGUUUGCAAAUGUAUAGAUACUUCCAGUAGGAUUUCUUUUAUUAUGUAAUAUUUCUUACUUAUCAUGUAAUACCACUGAAACAUGUACCAAAAAGCUGUUGAUUCAUACUUUGAGUGGUUAGGAUGAAAAAUAAUUUAUAACAGUUUUUGGGUUCUCCUUUUCACUGUCUAUAAAUUAUAUACAUGUACAAUCGCAUUUAGACAUUACUUGCAUUAUAAUAACCGGCAGAUAUUGUCGUUUGGUUGAUGAAAGCAUUCAAAUACUUUCUGAAUAUAUUCACAUAUCAAUUUUAAAAAAAUGCCAAGUUACAAUAUAUUAUUCUAAAAAGUUGCCUUAUUUACGCUUUUAUAUGAAUUUCUCAACUGUAUCAUACCUCUAUUUUCAAGUAAUUGAAAAUAUUUUGAACUAUAUAUAUAAAAUAAUAUGUAUACAUGUGUACACGUGUGUGUGUCUGUAUAUAUUUAUACAGACACACACGCGGACACACAAUUAAUACAAACUAUAUAUAUAUAUUUGAAAAAAGCUAUUAAUCGUUAAAUCGACCUUGUUUUUGCUACAAAUAACACAUCGCGUGUGCCAAAUUUAUAAAAUUUCCGUCAUCCUCAAGUAAUUAGGGUAAGACAUGUCAACCAACCAUAUUGAUCGACAAAUGAAAUUUAUUCGAAUAUCUAUCAAAUUUAACAAAGUCUAAAAAAAACUUAAUUAGAGUCUAUAGCAGUAAAAUUUUCACACAUAUUUAUUAUAUAAUUGUUGCAUUUUCAAAACCAUCUCUCUGUAUUUCUUUCAACUUUUUUCUUGCAACAAGUAAUACUUGUAUAAGAGUAUUUUACUCUAAAAGACUCCACGUCUAAGGUACUGCGAAAUGUUGCUCAUUCUUUUAAUAUAUAUUAACAGUAAAUUGUAAAAUGUCUGGUAUCGUAAUCGCAAUUUUGGCAAUGUGGAAAGUUUGCUUUGAUUGGUAGCAUCGUGCACCUGGCUAUUAAACGUUAUGUAUAUUUUUAAAA